AUGCCAGACGAAGACAAGCUACCCAUCGAUCAAGACGACGAGUACAAGUCGAGCGAAGAUGAAGAUUUCAACCCAGAUGAGGUAGAAGCAGCACAAGACGAGGACUUGUCCUCGGACGAAGACGAAGCGCCGCAACCAAAGAAAGCCUCCAAGAAGCGAAAGAAGGCCCAAACCGAUGCCGACGAACUCGACUCUGGCGAUGAAGCCACAAUAACAGAGCUGAGAAAGGCCAAGAAACCGAAAGGUGACGAUGAUGAGGACAGCGGUGGUGAAGGCGGACUGAUCAAGACGCGAGCCCAGAGGAGAGCAGAAAAACAGGAGCGUCAAGAGUACCAGAAAGCCAACGUUGACAAUGUCUCUGUCGAUGUCGAUGCCCUUUGGGCCUCCAUGACCGCCAAACCAAUCGGACGACCUUCGCGAGACCAGCCGAAGCCCGAAGACGUCGCGAACAACCAGGAUGGCGCACCUGAAAAGGCCGACAACAAAGAUGCGCAAGCAGACGAAGACGACAAUGGCAUGAUCACCAUCAAGCGGUCCUACGACUUCGCCGGCCAAAAGGUGACGGAAGAGAAGCGCGUACACAAGGACUCGGCCGAAGCAAAGCUCUUCCUCGCAAACAACGACCCUGCAAAACAGACCAAACCACGCUCGCCAUCGCCAAAAGACGACCAACCCACUCUCCGCCGACCGUUACGCCGCGCCUCCAAAUUCGAGCCCAAUCCUACCGGCGAAGUCAGAGGUCUACCACCAGAGCGCCAACGACUGCGCACNCCCUCUCGAGCCGACGUUCUCGCACAGCAAAAGAGAUUGGAAGAGGAGGCCAAGACCGGCAAGGCUGUCAAACUCAACACCGUCCAGAAGUCGGCCAUCGAUUGGGCUGCUCACGUCGACCAAGAGGGGCUAAAGGACGAGCUGGACGAGUACGGCAGGAGCAAACAAGGUUACAUUGGCAAGAUGGACUUUUUGCGUGGCGUGCACGGCAAGAAAGAGGCGGAAGACCGGAAGGCUCGUAUGGCCCAGUCUUCUGCAUGA